UUUCCGGUUCUUCCGCUAGACAACCGGAAUAUCCAGUUUUUAAUCGCAACCAUUAUUUAAACCGGUUCUUUACAACACGCUGACUCGGUAAAACCAAAACUCACAGUUAAAAUAAAUCCCAAACCGCCUCUCCCCCUCGAACCCUAACCGGCCGGCCCGGUCAUGAAACCCUAAUUUGGUUUUCCAUAUCCUUAACUUCCUCGACUCGGGUUUCUUUCGAACAAUCGUCUCUGAAAAAAAAAACAAAGAAUCGAAUGGAUUCAAAUAUGGAUUUGGAAUUAGUACCAAUAACAUCACAAAAACAUGACCCAGCUUGGAGGCAUUGUCAAAUGUUUAGGAAUGGGGAGAGAGUUCAGUUAAAAUGUAUAUAUUGUGGGAAAUUCUUUAAGGGGGGUGGUAUUCAUAGGAUUAAGGAACAUUUAGCAGGCCAUAAGGGUAAUGCUUCGACUUGUUUACGGGUUCCGAAUGAUGUUAGGGUUGUAAUGCAACAAAGUUUAGAUGGGGUUGUGGUUAAGAAGAGGAAGAAGCAAAAAAUUGCGGAGGAGAUUUCGAAUUUAAGCUCCGUUGUCGUUGGCGAAACGGAAGUUUUUGGAAAUGGUCAAGUUGAGAUUAGUGCCGGGAUGGAGUUCGUUGGCGUUUCGAAUGUGAUUGACCCUAGUUCGAGCUUGUUAAUUAGUGGCGAAGAAGGGAAGAUUGAUAAUGUUUCAGAGAGGAAAAAGAGGGGAAGAUGUAAAGGUGUCGCUACAAAUAAUGCUAAUGCUAUUGUUGCUGUGAAUAAUAGAAACGUAUUAGGUGUUAAAAAGGUGAAUAAUCAAGUUCAUAUGGCCGUUGCAAGGUUUUUGUAUGAUAUUGGGGCGCCUUUGGACGCUGUGAAUUCAGUUUAUUUCCAGCAUAUGGUUGAGGCAAUCGCUUUGGGAGGAUCGGAUGUUGGAAUGCCUACAUACCAUGAUCUCCGCGGUUGGGUAUUGAAGAAUUCGGUUGAAGAGGUGAAGACUGACGUUAAUAAGCACGUUGAAACGUGGGUGAGGACCGGCUGUUCUCUUUUGGUUGAUCAGCGGAAAACAUUGAUUGGUAGAACUCUGUUAUGUUUUUUGGUUUAUUGUCCCGAAGGAGUAGUGUUUUUGAAGUCUGUGGAUGCAUCUGAUAUUAUAAACUCAUCCGACUCUCUUUAUGAAUUGCUUAAACUAGUGGUUGAAGAAAUCGGAGUUGGACACAUUUUACAAGUGAUAACUUGUAUGGAUGAGCAAUUUAUAAUUGCAGGAAGAAGGUUAUCUAAUGCUUUUCCGACUUUAUAUUGGGCUCCUUGUGCAGCUCAUUGUAUAGAUUUGAUACUCGGAGAUUUUGCAAAACUCGAGUGGAUAGAUACAGUAAUUCAACAAGCUAGGUCUAUUACAAGAUUUGUAUACAACCACAAUGCAGUUUUGAAUAUGGUAAGACGAUAUACGUUUGGCAAUGAAAUAGUAGGUGCAGCGCUAACUCGUAACACCACAAAUUUUGAAACGUUAAAACGAAUAGUUGAACUUAAGCAUACCUUACAGGCUAUGGUCACUUCACAAGAGUGGAUGGAUAGUCCAUAUUCGAAGAAUCCGAGGGGUCUUGAAAUGUUAGACCUGUUAAGUAAUCAAUCAUUUUGGUCAUCUUGUAUUCUGAUAACCAAUCUGACAAAUCCUCUCUUGAGACUUUUGAGAAUAGCUAGUAGCAUUAAGAGGGCGGCAAUGGGGUACGUUUAUGCAGGAAUCUACAGAGCGAAAGAAGCAAUUAAGAAGGAACUUCUGAAGAAGGAAGAUUAUAUGGUCUACUGGAAUAUUAUUGAUCAUUGGUGGGAGCAACAAAAAAAUCUCCCUCUUCAAGCCGCUGGUUUUUUCCUUAAUCCGAAGUUCUUUUACAGUAUCGAAGAAGAUCUCCGCAACGAUAUCUUGUCACAGAUGUUUGAUUGCAUAGAGAAGUUGGUUCCUGAUGUUAAAGUCCAAGAUAAAAUCUCCAAAGAGAUAAUUUCUUAUAAGAAUGCUUCCGGAGAUUUCGGACGGAAGAUGGCCGUUAGAGCUCGAGAAACUCUGCUUCCUGCUGAAUGGUGGUCGACUUAUGGAGGAAGUUGCCCGAAUUUGGUACGGUUGGCAAUCCGUAUUCUCAGUCAAACUUGCAGUUCAGUUGGUUAUAAGCAAAACCACAUUCCUGUUGAGCGAAUGCAUGACACUGACAAUUGCCUGGAACGUCGAAGACUCAGUGAUCUUGUGUUUGUUCAGUACAAUUUGCGACUGAAACAACGGAUCAGUAAGGAUAAAGAACGCGACUCAAUGGAUCCCAUAUCACUGGAAAACAUUCUCAUUUUCGCGGAUUGGAUCAAGGAGAAAGACUUGAGCCCCGAAGAUUACAUGAACUCAGAUUGGAUGGCACUUGAUCCGAUUUCUUCGAACACAAGGCUCGUAGAAUCUUUGCAAGAUGAAGUUGACGAAUUGGGUGGAGGGUUUGAUGAUUAUGAGGUAUUCUAUAAAGUGAAAGGCCCCGAGGCUGUAAAGGAUGAAGAAAACCAGUAGCAGUAACUGUCUAAACAUACAUUCAACUCUAGAUAAAAUUAUCAGAUGUAAAUUCAGUAGGGGUCUUUUAGUAAUUUAUAUGAAUUGUGAUGCAUAUCUAAUCCAUCAGUUUUCUAUAAUUUUAUUGUUUGUUGUGAUAUUAUGUACUAGUGGAUUUUUGUUUAAUUGAUUUUUUAAUAUACUAGUUUCGCAUUA